GUAUAGGUAGCCCCUUGGGCCAAUGUUGACAUUCUAUUGAUCACAGCGUUCGCUAUAACAAAUCAGUACACGUCAGGGCCGCGAAAGCGUCAACAAGAACGAGAGAAAUCGUUGCUCGAUCGCCGCAAGUGACUUUUGCGACGAGCGAAAAUUUUGAGAAAAUAUUUCACCCGUCGUAGUCCGAGCGAGAGCUGCGUGCUGAACGAUGGCCGAAAAUCCCCAAAUCGAGGACCCUCCGAUCGCGGUAUUGAAACGACUCGUGCGACGAAGAGUCGAUGUGGAGUCCGAAGGAAUAGCAUCAUAUCUUGAUCCAAUUUAUUCAUUGAUCGUCAAUUGGCCGGGCCCACAUCCAAGGCUCCUAGACGAGUUUCAAAAAGAAGAAAUCGACACGCUGCUCGAGGAAUUUGUAAGUUAUUUCAAUUACGUUGGCGACAAGGCGAAAAAUGUGAUCCAGUUCGUGAAGUCGGCCGGCUUCCGGGACAGGCCCGACACUCCCGAAGACGGCGAUCCGUCGACGCGUCGCGUCAGGCCGUCGCCGAGUCGCGUCACGCCGAUACAUUACUUGGCCCGAGUCGGUAGGCUUCACCUCGAGCCCGUUCACCGACAGAGGAUCGGCGAGCUCUUCGGCAUAUACAACGAAUUCGAUGUGAAUUACAUCGACGAGCUCGACGGCUGCACGCACUUUCACGCGGCCUGCAUGACCGGCAACCGGAGAAUCGUCGAGAAAUUCCUCGCGCACGGCCAGGAUCCCAACGUGCCCUGGGGCUGGGACACGCCGCUGCACUUGGCCGCCAAGUACAAGAGCAACCAGGGCGUGGUCAAGCUGCUGCUGAAACGGGGCGCGAAUCCGAAUCAGCCCGACGCCGAGGGAUCGACGCCUCUGCACGUCUUCGCCAAGAUCGGAUACGGCGUCUACUUGAUGCUGAUAUUCAGGCACAGCCGAGCCGAGCACAGGCCGGUGCGGAUCGACGCCCGGGACGGGCAGGGCCGCGCACCGCUGCACCUGGCUGCGAGACACGCGAAGAAGAACGUGGUCGAGACGCUGCUGAAGGCGGGCCGACCCAGUCUGAACGCGGCCGACGCCGAUGGAUUGACUCCUCUGCACCACGUCUGCCAGAGAGCAACGAAACACGAUCUGGUGGAGAUUUUGUCGUCUUUGUUCGGUGCCAGCAGGGAACGAAAGAAUUGGCUGCGCGUCAACCGUCGCGACAGGUCGGGUCGGACGCCGCUGGAAUUGGCCGUGGCCAGUCUGUUUCCGGACGCGGUAGACGCGCUCUUGAAUCGCAACGUCGAUCUGGCGAGCUUCGUUUUUCCGAUCGAGGCUUUUUGCCAGAGUUUGAACAACGACGAGUAUUAUCUCUGGUACAACUUGAAAAUGUUAACCGACGCUCUGGCGGUCGUCGACUGUCUUCGGCAGUGUCGCUACGAGCUCAGCCCAAACGACGCCCUGGCGAUCAUGGAGUUUUACAACAGGUUUGAAUUGUGGCAGAGGUCAAGGAAUUUCGAAUACGACGAGUAUGCCAUAUCCGUAGCAAAAACUUCUGAGUUAGACGAGAAUAUGUCGCUCUACGACUUUCUUCAGUUGCCGCACCAAGAGGCGGCGAUGUACCUGUACAAUCAAACAAAUCUGAAUUACAACGCGUUCGUACCGUUCCAAACAAAUCGGCGUAUCUCCAGAGAAGCCAGACAAGCUUUUGUCGAGCACGUGUGCGAAGUAUUCUCGAGACGAUUUUUCCAGCGCGAGGCGGUGCAUCCUUUAUGGAAAUUGGUACGCCAUAGGCUCCCGUUUCUCUGGUGCGAUAUGACCGUCAGGAAUGAAAUUCUCAUGAACAAAGAUUUGUAUCAUAUUUGCGUGGCGGCUAGUGGUCUUGAGGACCAUUCGGAAAAUUGGACGACAGACGUUGUACGCUACAACCCGAGACCCGCGAGGCUCGAGGGUAGACAAGCUCCAAAAAGAUUAAAAUAUGAUAAAUUGGGAGGGAGUUGAUUUAUUAAAUUUCGUUGUGAAAUUGCUUCGAAUAACGAAAGAAUUUCCAACGGUACAAAAUAGCCGCUAACUUCGAAAAAAUUGUAAAUAUAAAAAAUUUUAUGUGUAAUACAUACAUGAUCGUAUGUAAAAACUUUGUUUUAUUGGUAAUGUCCCAGCGGCUCUCCGAAGUCUUUUUAUUCAACAAUGAGUAUUAAAAUCGAAAUAAAUAAAAAAUUGAGUGUAUCAAUUAGCUUGCAUUUGAA